AUGCUAGACAGCCUGGGUUCAAAGUCUAAAGUCGACGACCAGUCCGCGAAGAUACCUCGCUGCUUCCGAAACUUUUUUUUGUGUUCUUGGUUGUCUUUUCGGAACAUGUUUGUGCUCAUGUUUUCACUUUACUUGCUUGCCUUGUCGUUUGUGCCGCUCCACUCGACGCAAGUUAGCAGCAAUGACAAGCCUAUUAUCGGUAUUUUGGCGCAAGAUCUCUCUACACCGAAAGACGACCGAAUCGCUUACAUCGCUGCUUCUUAUGUCAAGUUCUUGGAGUCGGCGGGAGCCAGAGUGGUUCCCAUCAUGAUUAACCAGCCUGAUGAAGAGUACAGGAGACUUUUCAAAUCCAUUAAUGGAGUGCUUUUCCCUGGAGGAGGAGCCAGCAUCUUCUCUUCGGGUUACCAACGCAGCGCCAAGAUUUUUUACGAGAUGGCCCUGGAGGCCAACCUGAAAGGUGACUAUUUCCCCAUCUGGGGGACAUGUCUGGGCAUGGAGCAGCUGCUGCUGUUGACCAACGGCAUCUCGCUCCUCACGCGCACCAACACCAGUGGAGUGUCCUUGCCGCUCAACUUCACCAAAGAGGCUAAAGGUAGUAGGAUGUUUGGGAACUUCCCUGAUGAACUCAUGGACGCUUUGGCGCUGGAGCCACUCACUGAGAACUCUCACCGUUGGAGUUUGGCCGUCGAAGCUUUCAACAGCAGCAAUGCGUUGACCACCUUCUACAAAGUUCUUUCCACCAACACGGACGGAUUAACAGAGUUUCUAUCCACAGUUGAAGCAUUCGACUACCCAAUUUACGGCACGCAGUGGCACCCGGAGAAAAACGCUUUCGAGUGGAGAAAGCCGUACAUUACGCACACGCCUUCGGGAGUGCGCGUCACCUUCUUCAUGGCCGAGUUCUUCGUAGGCGAAGCUCGCAAGAACUUCCACAAAUUUGCCACCGAAGAGGAGGAAAACCAAGCGCUCAUUUAUAACUUCAGUCCUGUGAAAAGCAGCGCCAAAAGCAUCUUUGAGCAAGUUUACUAUUUCUGA